AUGGAGGUCCAGUAUCCUGAUUGGUUGUCCAACCCGGUCGUCGUAAAAAAGAAAAACGGAAAAUGGAGAGUCUGCGUGGAUUUCACCGAUCUAAACAAAGCGUGUCCUAAAGAUAGCUUCCCUUUGCCGCACAUAGCCCGACUUGUCGAAGCCACAACAGGGAACCAAUUGCUUUCGUUCAUGGACGCCUUCUCAGGAUACAAUCCGAUUGCCAUGAGUUCGACGGAUCGCAAAAAAACAGUGUUCAUCACAGAUAGAGGAACAUAUUGCUACAAAGUUAUGCCAUUCGGAUUGAAAAACGCCGGGGCAACCUACCAAAGGUUGGUCAAUAUGAUGUUUGUCGAUCUGCUCAGACGAACUAUGGAGGUCUAUAUCGACGACAUGUUGUGCACGUUUGGAAUCACCUCGGGCGAAUUCCUAGGAUACAUCGUUACUGAGCGAGGAAUAGAAGCCAACUCCAAACAGAUUGAAGCCAUACUUGGCCUCCCAUCCCCUACUAACAAACGGGAGGUGGAGCGCUUGACUGGCCGGAUCGCUACUCUAAAUCAUUUCAUCGCCCGAUCAACGAAUAAAUGCCUUCCUUUCUAUCAUCUUCUCCGGGGAAACAAGGAUUUUCAUUGGGACGACACUUGCGAGAUCGCCUUUCGGCAAUUGAAGACCAGUCAACCGGUGCUAGUCAAGCCGGAAAAUGGCGAGACGUUAUACCUUUACGUUUUGAUUUCUGGCUCGACUGUUCGUGGCGUGCUAGUCCGAAACGAUCGCGGCGAUCAAAGACCAAUAUUCUAUACUAGCAAAGCCCUCAACAACGCAGAGUCAAGAUAUCCUACGCUGGAAAAAUUGGCAUCCAAUAACGAGCUCGGAGACCCAACUCCUAGGGAAGAGCAUUGGACCAUGUUCGUCGACGGUUCGUCAUCCCAUCAGGGAUCCGGUGUGGGACUCAUUCUCCGAUCUCCCAGCGGUGAGGUGCUUAAGCAAGCAUUAAAGCUCAAUUCCAAAGCAUCCAAUAACGAGACAGAAUACGAGGCCAUUCUUGCAGGACUUCGAUUAGCACGAGGACUAAGAGUAACACAUCUGCAAGUCUUCUGUGAUUCCCAGCUAGUGGUCAGUCAGUUCAGUGGAGAGUUCUAUGCAAAGAGCGAGCGAAUGGGUGCAUACCGCCAGUUGGUCCGGACAUUGUCUGAGGAAUUCAAUUCUUUUUCUCUGACAAAGGUUCCACGAAGUGGGAACACAUCAGCAGAUGCUCUUGCAUCCCUGGCAAAUCGCUCGGAUCCAGAUUUGCAGCGCACGAUUCCUGUUGAGUGCGUAGAGGCACCCAACAUCGAUCUAGCCAACCUGGUCACCUUUAUCAACGACGAUUCGGUUCCAAUGGAAGUUGAAGAGCCGAUAGAAGACCUAACGGAUGUUACAAAGCCACCUGACGAUUGGCAAAUCGAGAUUAAGUUGUAUAUCUCUGAAUGGAUCGUCCCGCCAGAACGUUGGGCUGCUCGGCGCUUAAAAGCUCAAAGCGCGAGAUACGUCCUGUUUAAUGGAAACUUAUACCGUCUCAGUUCAUCCGGAGUAUUCCUUACCUGCGUUAGCCGCGAAGAGGUCGAACUAAUCAUGACCGAAGUACAUGAAGGUGAGGGUGGUAAUCACUCCGGUGGACGGGCACUUUCUUUGAAAAUCAAGAAGGAUAGUCAUUAUUGGCCAACCAUGGUAGCCGACUGUGAGGCCUUUUCGGCGAAAUGUGAAGCCUGCCAGCGUCAUGGGCCAAUGCGACAUGUUCCGCCCGAACUACUAAGUACUGUAACGGCCCCGUACCCCUUCAUGCGCUGGGCAAUGGAUCAGGUUCGACCUCUCCUGCCGUCGAGAUCCAAGAAGUUCAUCCUUGUACUAACUGAUUACUUCAUUAAAUGGGUGGAAGCGGAGUCGUUCACUAAGGUCCAAUCUUUGGACGUGACCAAUUUCAUAUGCAAAAACAUCAUAUGCCGUCACGGACUUCCUUACGAGAUCGUCACCGAUAAUGGUACGCAGUUUACCUCGCUCAUCACCAGGCGUUUCUUGAGUAAGUGGCAAAUUCGUCUGGGUACGUCAACUCCCCGAUAUCCUCAAGGAAACGGUCAAGCCAAGGCGAUGAACAAAUCAAUCGUAGAUGGACUGAAGAAACGACUCUUUUGGAGAAAAUGA